AUGAUAUCCGCAUCUCUGGAAUAUGAUCCCUUUGAAGAUAUAACGUCAUUAUUCUCUAGCAAAGACUCACUCAAUGACAUAGAUGUUAUCUUAGAAAGAACACGAAAUUAUAAACUGUCAUUGCAAAAGACCAUUACAGAGAACAAUAGUAAAACUAAGUCCCAAGAUGGAACUGAGAAUGACCCUAUAAUAAUGGAAAAAGUAUUUAAGGAUUUCGUCGAAACACAGACAAUAUCAGCAAGAACAGAAGCUACAAUUUCCAAUUUGACUCAACGUAUAUCAUAUCUGGACAACGGUAAGAAUAAUAUUACUAAAUCAUUGACCAUUUUCCAAAAUUUGAAAACUUUAGUGGAUUCAUAUUGUCAAUGUAAAUUACUAAUCCAAUCCAAUUCUUACAUUGAAAUGGUAUCUCCUUAUAGAAUCAUGUGCUCUUUAGCAGAAAAUACCUUUAUACCAUUCAAAUCUGUAGACGAAAUUAAUAGAUUAUUAAUAUCAAUAUCAAGAUUGAAGAAUGAUACCGUGGAAAAAAUUAAAUCUUCAUAUUCAACUUUAUUCCAAGGGAAUUUCACUUCUCCAGUGGAAAUAAAUCGUUUAGAAGGUCAAUUAAAGAAUGGUGCGAGUGUCCUCGUGGAUUCAGAUUCUAACAUGAGAUCAAAAUUUAUAGAUUGGAUCAUUGAUAAGAAAUUAUUAUAUGAGUUAACUGAGAUUUUUCAAGUGGACGACGAAGCUGGUUCAUUAGAAAACUUAUCAAGAAGAUUCAUUUAUUUUAAAAAAAUACUGAAUAAUUUUAAUACGAAUUUUAAUAAUUCAUUUCCUGAUGAUUGGAAAAUCCCGUCCAAAUUAACAUUGCAUUUCCUCAAUUUGACAGCAAGAGAUUUGAAAAUUCUACUGAAAAGAGAAUUGCAUGAUAAAUCUACCUCAGCCUCCUCCUCCUCCUCCUCCUCCGCAAACGCGUCAAACUCAAUUGAUCUGUUCAUGAACGCAUUACAAUCCACUUUAGAUUUUGAAAAAUAUAUAAAUAUUAGAUUCUCAAAUAAAUUUAAAGAUGAAUCAAAGAAAUUAAGUGGCUGUUUUGAACCAUAUUUAUCAAUCUGGGUAUCACAUCAAGAUAAAAUCAUGAAGGAUAAAAUGAUUAAUUAUUUAAGUAGCCCCAAGAUAUCAUCUUCUAUCACUGACUCAUUAAUCGUCCCAUCAAGUAUUGAUCUUUUCAGAACUUAUAGAUCCAUUUUAUCACAAACUUUGGAAUUAUUAGAAGGCAAUAAUAACGAAAAUACAGAUGAUAACAAGAACGGUAAUAGUAACAGUAUUUUAUUAACUUUGGCAAUUUUUUUUAAUAAGUGGCUAACAGAAUACUCCAUCAAGAUUUUAAAUCCCUUAAUAUUACCAGAUAAUAUAGAGAUACCAAAUAAAUUAGAAUGCUCUAAAUAUACAGUCUUAUUAAUUAAUACUACUGAUUAUGUCUCAACCACCAUAAGUCAAUUAGAAGAUAAAUUAUCUGAAUUCAGUUCCUCACCGGAUCGAAUUUCUCAUGUUUUUGAAAAGACCAAAAAUACUUACAAUGACUUGUUAGCAAGAGCCACAAAUUUAUUAAUUUACCGUGUCAUAGCUCAAGACAUUUCCUUUGUUUGGAAAGAAUUCAAUAACGUAGAUUGGAUACAUGUUAGAAUGGAAGAUUAUAGUCGAUACAUGACUACGUUAAGAGAUACAUUAAUUACUCCAGACAGUCGUGAUGACAACACGGAUGAUAAUGAUCAUGAAACGAAACGAACAACUUUGGAAUACAUCAUCUCAUUGUUUAACAGGGACGUUUAUAAAUGGAAUUUCUUAGAUAAAAUCAUUGAGUUAAUAGCAAAUGAUUUCAUCACUAGGAUAAUUAAAUUAUUAGAACCGCAAACACCAUUCUUGAUAACGAACACAAACGUAAUUAAAAAGAGGAAAUAUGAUGUUCAACAUACUAUUACCAUAGGAGAACAAUUAUUAUUAGACAUUGAACUUUUAAAAUUCACUUUACACUCAUUAUCGAAUUGUAUAGUUAAUGAUAGAAGUGAUGUGAAGACCUCAUCAUCAAUGACCAUAUCUACAUCGAGGAAAAGAUUUGAAAAUCACGUAGAUGUUAAUGUCGAACAAUUAUUAUCAUUUGUGAAAUUAUUAGUGGCUCCAUUGAAUUCACCUGAUGAUUACUUCGAGACUUAUAGGAGACUUUGUCCUAAUAAUAAUAGAAAUAUUAUUUGGGCUUAUUGUUUUGUCUUAAAGGGUGUUGAAUGGGAUUUACCCCUAUGGAAGAACUACUUCAGUUCAUUCCAUCUUGGACUUGUCGAAGAAGUGGCGCCAGAAGAAGGUAAUCGUGGUGACCAGGAGAAGAAACAGGAGAAGACGAAUCAUGCUACUAAUAAAUAUUUCAUAUUCCAAUGGAAUAAGAAAUUAUUAUUUGAUUUUGAAAGAAACUUGUUACAAAUUAAUGAACCUAAUUGGGUCAAUUUUAUAAGGAAUGAUUUAAACAUUAAAUCACCACCACAGACGACAAACUCUAGAGCGGCAAUGUCUAACCGAGGAAGACCAGAAACUUUUCGAGGUUCAGAAGACCAAGAAACUAAGAAACCAUUAAGUGUCAAGGACUUGAUGUCAACUACCCGGUUUUUUAACAGAGGGUUAUAA